UUGAAUAGAUAUGUGGAUUCCAUUGUCGAUGAGUUGUUGAGGGAAGAUGAAUCUAUGUCCCUGUUUUGUCACUCUGCUUUUGGACAAAAGUCGAUUCCUCCGACUGGAAAUGCAACUUUGAUCAAACAGAUUGUUAAUGAAUGCAAAGUACUUUCAUUGGCACUUGAAGUGAUUGGAGCUUCCUUGCAAGACCAACCAGAAAUGUACUGGAUAAAUGCAAGGAAAAGGUUAUCACGAGGAGAACCAAUCUACGAGUCUCAUGAAAGCAAAUUGCUCGAUCGAAUGGCAAUCGGUUUCGAGUGCAGUAACAAAAAUGACUUCCGUCGAAAUAAAAUCCUAAUUAACACAGUCUAAGAUGAACGUUGCCAAUCACUAUUUGUAUUAAACUUGGGAGUUUGUACAAAAGUGGAACGGAUACAAUUUUAUUUUUCACAGGAAAGUGUUUGUAAAACAAGUUCUUGUAAUGGAAUUUGUAAGAAAUACAAUAUAUAUUUUCUAUCAUAUCUUAAGAAU